UCCAGGACCACCUGGGGGCGAUCACGGGACCUCGAUGCAGUCCUGCUCGUGUCAGUUGGCGUAGUCGGCAGGAUCAUCAUCAUCACCAUCACCAUCAUCAUCACCAAAGAUCUGGAGAGCGCACAAGGAACCUGGGGGGAGGAAGAGGAGGAGGAAAGGGAAGAGGAAGAGGGAGGCUCCCAAGCUCCACCACUGGCCAAGGCCCCAGGAAACCAGAAGGAAAUUCCUGACCAUCAGCAUGUUUUCCCAGGGCUCCUCGCCCUCCCUCCUGGAGGCCCUGAGCAGCGACUUCCUGGCCUGCAAAAUCUGCCUGGAGCAGCUGCACACACCCAAGACGCUGCCCUGCCUGCACACCUACUGCCAGGACUGUCUGGCCCAGCUGGCCGACGGCGGCCACGUCCGCUGCCCCGAGUGCCGCGAGACAGUGCCCGUGCCACCCGCCGGGGUGGCCGCCUUCAAGACCAACUUCUUCGUCAAUGGGCUCCUGGACCUGGUGAAGGCCCGGGCCUGCGGAGACCUGCGUGCAGGGAAGCCGGCCUGUGCCCUGUGUCCCCUGGUAGGGGGCACCAGUGCCGGGGGACCGGCCACAGCCCGAUGCCUGGAUUGUGCCGACGACUUGUGUCAGGCCUGUGCCGACGGGCACCGCUGCACCCGCCAGACCCACAGCCAUCGCGUGGUGGACCUGGUGGGCUACAGGGCCGGGUGGUACGACGAGGAGGCCCGGGAGCGCCAAGCAGCCCAGUGUCCCCAGCACCCAGGGGAGGCCCUGCGCUUCCUGUGCCAGCCCUGCUCCCAGCUGCUGUGCCGAGAGUGCCGCCUGGACCCCCACCUGGACCACCCUUGCCUGCCCCUGGCUGAGGCAGUGCGGGCCCGGAGGCCGGGCCUCGAGGAGCUUCUGGCCGGCGUGGACAGCAGCCUGGUUGAGCUGGAAGCCACUCGGGUGGCCGAAAAGGAAGCGCUGACCCGGCUGCGGGAGCAGGCUGCCAGGGUGGGGACUCAGGUGGAGGAGGCAGCCGAGGGCGUCCUCAGGGCCCUCCUGGCCCAGAAGCAGGAGGUGCUGGGGCAGCUUCGGGCCCACGUGGAGGCUGCCGAAGAGGCUGCCCGGGAGAGGCUGGCCAAACUAGAAGGCCGGGAGCAGGUGGCCAGGGCGGCAGCUGCCUUUGCUCGGCGGGUUCUCAGCCUGGGUCGGGAGGCUGAGAUCCUUUCCCUGGAGGGAGCCAUUGCCCAGAGGCUCCGGCAGCUGCAGAGCAGCCCCUGGAGCCCGGGGCCAGUGCCCUGCCUGCUGCCCCAGCUGGAACUCUACCCUGGGCUGCUGGACAAAAACUGCCACCUGCUCCAGCUCUCUUUUGAGGAGGAGCAGCCCCCGCAGGAGGAUGGGAGAGGUGCAGCAGGACCCCAGGGAGAGGAAGAAACCCAGAGCCAGAGGGAGCAUGGAGCCAAGGCCGAGCAGCAGGGUGGAGGCCAGCCCCAGGGUAAGGAUGGAGCUCCGGCCUCCAAAGAGGACAAAGCCAAGACACCCCAAGAAGAUGGAGCCCAAGCCCCCAAAGGAGACGGUAUCCAGCCAGGCCAAGUAGAGGGAGGAGUCCAGGUCGAGAGGGGCUGCAGGUCCAACAAGAAGAGGAAGUUCAAAGGCAGGGGCAAGUCCAUGUCCCGGGAGCCCAGCCCCGCCCUGGGGCCAAACCUGGAAGGCUCCGGCCUCCUCCCCAGACCCAUCUUUUUCUGCAGCUUCCCCACCCGCAUGCCUGGGGACAGGCGGUCUCCCCGCAUCACUGGGCUCUGUCCCUUUGGUCCCCGGGAAAUCCUGGUGGCAGAUGAGCAGAACAGGGCUCUGAAACGCUUCUCGCUCAACGGCGACUACAAGGGCACCGUGCCGGUCCCUGAGGGCUGCUCCCCGUGCAGUGUGGCCGCUCUGCAGAGCACAGUGGCCUUCUCGGCUGGCGCGCGCCUCUAUCUCAUCAGCCCUGAUGGUGAGGUGCAGUGGCGCCGGGCCCUGAGCCUCACCCAGGCCAGCCAUGCCGUGGCCGCGCUGCCCAGUGGGGACCGGGUGGCAGUCAGUGUGGCAGGCCACGUGGAGGUGUAUAACAUGGAAGGCAGCCUGGCCACCCGGUUCAUCCCCGGGGGCAAGGCCAGCCGGGGCCAGCGGGCACUGGUGUUCCUGACCACCAGCCCUCAGGGCCAUUUUGUGGGGUCGGAUUGGCAGCAGAACAGCGUGGUGGUCUGCGACGGGCUGGGCCAGGUGAUUGGGGAAUACAAGGGGCCGGGCUUGCACGGCUGCCAGCCGGGCUCCCUGUCCGUGGAUAAGAAGGGCUACAUCUUUCUGACCCUUCGAGAAGUCAACAAGGUGGUGAUCCUGGAUCCCAAGGGGUCACUUCUUGGUGACUUCCUGACAGCCUACCACGGUCUGGAAAAGCCCCGGGUGACCACCAUGGUGGAUGGCAGGUACCUGGUGGUGUCCCUCAGUAAUGGGACCAUCCAUGUCUUUCGGGUUCGUUCUCCUGACAAUUAAAGGGGCUGAGAUGGGGGUGG